GCUGUGACUGCAGCGCACGGACUUCGCACGCGAUCGCUGACUGCUGCUGCUGCUUGAGGAUUCCAAGUGGCGUUUAUAGCGCGUUUUUAAAUCUGUCAAUCAGUACGUCAUAAUGGAAACUAUAGCUAGAGCGGCAGUUUUAAUGGUCACCAGUGCUUGGGUAUAGACGCCGAGGAGGACACCGCUGAACGUUGAUGGGAUUCUGCAACUCGUCUAUCGGUUCUUCCUGAGGAAAUUAAACGGAGGAUUUUUUGUUGUUGUUGUUGUUGACAUUAUAUAAAAACAAGUGUCGUGAAACUUGAAAUAUUCUGAGUCAAGUGUUUUAAAAGCCGUCUUGGCUGCUUUUCUGGAGAAGUGAGUUGGGAUUCUUGGGAAGGUACCCGUCAUCCGCAGUGUCAGCGCAACUGCGGCGGUGAGGUGAAAUACGCAGCGAGAACAGGUACAGAAUGUCCCCAACUUCUAGAGAAGCCUGAAAACUGUGACCGAGUACAGGCAGCGAGUAGCGGACAGAGACACACUUUCCAUAAGGUACAGGAUGGCAUCCCACAACACGAGAUGGAGCUUUCUAACUUUUUCUUGCUGCAUCAUUGUUCCCCUCAUGGCUUCAAGGCCACAGCAGCCUUCAGCGGCAUCCAAAGUACAUGAGGAAUACAGUACGUUCCGAGCGGAAAACCCUGAAUGGACCUUUAACCACCUGGCAGUGGACCACAGAAAUGGGAAUGUGUACCUUGGGGCAGUAAACCGCAUUUACAAACUCUCGCCAGGGCUGGUUGUACAGGUGUCGCAUCAGACCGGCCCGGAUGAGGAUAACCGGAACUGCUACCCACCCCGUAUAGUGCAGCCUUGUAGCGAACCACUCACAUUGACCAAUAAUGUCAAUAAGAUGCUGCUCAUGGACUAUCGAGAGAACCGGCUGCUGGCCUGCGGCAGCCUCUACCAGGGUAUUUGCAAGCUGCUUCGUCUGGAUGAUCUCUUUAAGCUUGGAGAGCCCUUCCAUAAAAAAGAGCACUACCUCUCUGGCGUCAACGAGAGUGGCUCCGUCUUUGGGGUCAUUGUGUCUUAUGGCGACGCCUCGCCUGAUAAGCUGUUCGUGGCCACAGCUGUUGAUGGAAGACCGGAGUACUUCCCAACAAUUUCCAGUCGUAAGCUCACCCGUAACUCUGAGGAGGAUGGUAUGUUCGCCUACGUCUUCCAUGAUGAAUUUGUAGCCUCAAUGAUUAAGAUUCCAUCAGAUACUUUCACAGUGGUGCCGGACUUCGACAUCUAUUACAUUUAUGGGUUUAGCAGUGGAAAUUUUGUGUAUUUUCUCACAUUGCAGCCUGAAAUGGGCGGAGGCCCAACGACUGGGUCAUCCUCAGCCGGCCGUGAACAAGUGUACACCUCCAAACUGGUGCGACUCUGCAAGGACGACACUGCAUUUAACUCGUAUGUUGAGGUUCCUCUUGGUUGUGUAAAGGGUGGCAUUGAGUAUCGCCUACUGCAGGCUGCCUACCUGUCCAAAGCAGGUACUAUCCUGGCACGUUCACUGGGCAUAGGACCUGAUGCUGACAUCCUAUAUACAGUGUUCUCAAAAGGACAAAAGAGGAGGCCAAAGGAGUCAUCUCAAGAGUCGGCACUCUGUGUGUUUACCUUGAAAGAGAUCAAUGAAAGAAUCAAGGACAGGUUGCAGUCAUGCUAUAAAGGAGAGGGAACACUUGAUCUUGCCUGGCUCAAAGUGAAAGACAUCUCAUGCAGUAGUGCGCUUCUCACCAUUGAUGACAACUUCUGUGGACUGGAUAUGAACGCCCCUCUCGGUGUCUCUGAGAUGGUACAUGGGAUUCCUCUGUUCUCUGAGUCCAAUGACAAAAUUACAUCCGUCAUCGCCUAUGUGUACAAGAAUCACUCUCUGGCUUUUGUUGGGACCAAAGGUGGCUGUCUGAAAAAGAUUCGGGUUGAUGGUCCUUCUCACAGUGCUUUACAGUAUGAAACCAUUCAAGUCGUUGACAACGGACCAAUACUGCGAGACAUGGCCUUUUCUGCCGAUAAGCAUUUCCUGUAUGUGAUGUCGGAAUCACAGCUAACCCGUGUCCCAGUGGAAGCAUGUGAGCAGUAUUCAUCCUGUAACGAGUGUCUGGGAUCUGGAGAUCCUCACUGCGGCUGGUGUGUGCUACACAGCAUGUGCACCAGGAAGGAGAAGUGUGAGCGGUCAUCCGAGCCUCGACGUUUCGCCUCUGAUAUAAAGCAGUGUGUGAGACUCAGCGUUCACCCCAACAACAUCUCUGUGUCCCAAUUCAGUGUCAUGCUUGUUUUGGAGGCCCAUAAUGUGCCUGAACUUUCUUCAGGGGUCAACUGCACCUUUGAAGACCUAGCAGAGAUGGACGGUCUGGUUGAGGGAAAUCACAUCACCUGCAGCUCUCCUGCUGAGAAGGAUGUCCCACGCAUUGUCGUAGACCAAGGUGACCAUCAGGCUGUGCAGCUCUACCUCAAGUCAAAGGAGACGGGACUUGCCUUCGCCAACACUAGCUUUGUCUUCUACAACUGCAGCGUCCACAAGUCGUGCCUGUCCUGUGUUGGAAGUCCUUACCAGUGUCACUGGUGCAAGUACCGUCACACCUGCACCCACGACCCCAGCAGCUGCUCCUUCCAAGAGGGCCGUGUCAAACAGCCAGAGGAAUGUCCUCAGCUUCUACCAGUGGAUCGUAUCCUGGUGCCGGUGAAUGUGGUGAAACCCAUCACCCUACGGGCCAAGAACCUGCCCCAACCACAGUCAGGCCAGCGUGGGUACGAGUGUGUGCUCACCAUACAGGGCGUGGAGCAGAGAGUUCCUGCUCUCCGUUUCAACAGCUCCAGUGUUCAGUGCCAGAAUACAUCGUACUCAUAUGAUGGGAUGGAGAUGAGUAGCCUCCCUGUGGAUCUGAUGGUCAUCUGGAACGGAGACUUCAGCAUUGACAACCCAGCCCAAAACAAAGUGCACCUGUACAAGUGUGAUGCGCGGCGGGAAAGCUGUGGACUGUGUCUGAAGGCAGACCCUCUUUUCGGCUGUGUGUGGUGUAAGGGAGAAAACCGUUGCUCACUGAAACAGCACUGCCCUCACCCACAGAGCAUGUGGCUCGAGUACAAUGGCAUCAAUAGCAAGUGCACACACCCCAGAAUCACUAAGAUCACUCCACUCAAAGGGCCUCGUGAAGGAGGAACGCUGGUGACUAUCCGUGGCGAGAACCUUGGACUGGAGUUCAAUGAGAUUAAGGACAAUGUGAAGGUUGCAGAGGUGGAGUGCACACCAGUACCCGAGGGAUACAUUCCAGCAGAACAAAUUGUGUGUGAAAUGGGCAAAGCUGAAAAGAGCCAGUUUGCUGGAAACGUCCAAGUGUGCGUUGGAGAGUGUCGUCCCGAGUUCAUGGCUAAGUCAUCUAAGUACUACUACUUUGUGGUCCCCAGAUUGUUGAGUCUAAAACCCAGUCGAGGGCCAGUAUCUGGAGGUACCAUCGUAAACAUUACAGGCAGUCACCUGGAUGCUGGCAGCAAUGUGUCCAUCAUAUUCAAAGACCAGAUGUGUACCUAUCAAAGGAGAGGCGGACAGUGGAUCACAUGCCGUUCUCACGCCUCCAUGCAAGGCUACGGGAAUGUGUCCAUAUCUGUGUUUGUGGAUAAAGCCCACAUUCACAAAGAUCUAAAGUUUGAGUACGUGGAGGACCCCACUAUCACCAAACUGGAACCUGAGUGGAGCAUUUUCAGUGGCAACACACCACUGACCGUGACUGGGACCAACCUGGACAUCAUCCAGAACCCUCUGAUCCGAGCCAAAUACAAGAACUUAGAGACGGUCAAUACAUGUCAGGUGUUGAGUCCCACCACAAUGCAGUGUAUGGCCCCAGAGCUUCCCUACAGUCUGAGCAGACAGAUGGAUGUGCCAGAGAGACCCGAUGAAUUUGGCUUCAUCCUGGACAAUGUUCAGUCUGUGCUGGCCCUCAACAACACCAACUUCAUCUACUACCCAAACCCAGUGUUUGAACCACUCAGUGUGUCUGGAGUCCAGGAGCUCAAACCAGGAUCUCCUAUUAUACUCAAGGGAAGAAACUUCCUCCCUCCAGCCCCGGGUGGUAAUGGGAAGCUCAACUAUACUGUUCUGAUUGGAGAUAAACCUUGCACGUUAACUGUAUCCGACACCCAGCUGCUGUGCGAAUCGCCCAUUUUGACUGGACGCCACAAGGUCUUGGCCCGCGUGGGUGGUAUUGAGUUUUCUCCAGGUGUGGUCCACAUCACUUCCGACAGCCCACUCAGCAGCACAGCUGUCAUUAGCAUUGCCGGGGCUGGAGGCCUCCUCAUCUUCUUCAUUGUCAUCGUCCUCAUUGCCUACAAGCGCAAAUCCCGUGAGAGCGAUCUCACUCUUAAACGCCUGCAGAUGCAGAUGGACAAUCUGGAGUCCAGAGUAGCCCUGGAGUGUAAAGAGGCAUUCGCAGAGCUGCAGACAGACAUUCACGAGUUGACUAGUGAUCUAGAUGGAGCAGGUAUUCCCUUCCUGGACUAUCGUGCAUAUACCAUGCGAGUUCUUUUCCCUGGCAUUGAGGAGCAUCCUGUCCUUAGAGACCUUGAGGUGCCAGGUUACAGACAGGAACAGGUGGAGAAGGGCCUAAAACUGUUUGGACAGCUAAUCAACAACAAAGUUUUCCUGCUGUCCUUCAUCCGAACCCUGGAGUCUCAGAGAGGCUUUUCCAUGCGAGACCGUGGAAACGUUGCCUCCCUGAUCAUGACUGUGUUGCAGAGUAAACUGGAGUAUGCCACAGACGUCCUGAAACACCUGCUUUCUGACCUCAUCGACAAGAACCUGGAAAGCAAGAACCAUCCUAAACUAUUACUAAGAAGAACAGAGUCUGUGGCUGAGAAAAUGCUCACAAAUUGGUUCACUUUUCUGCUGUACAAAUUCCUCAAGGAGUGUGCCGGGGAGCCCCUGUUCUCGCUUUUCUGUGCCAUAAAGCAACAGAUGGAAAAAGGCCCCAUCGACUCGAUCACCGGAGAAGCCCGCUACUCACUGAGCGAAGACAAGCUCAUCAGACAGCAAAUUGAUUACAAGACUCUGGUGGUGAACUGCAUGCAUCCAGACAAUGAGAAAAGCCCAGAGGUACAGGUGAAGGUACUAAACUGUGACACUAUCAGCCAGGUGAAAGAGAAGAUUCUGGAUGCCAUCUACAAGAACGUCCCCUAUUCUCACCGACAAAAAGCCUCUGACAUGGACCUGGAGUGGCGUCAAGGCAGAGUGGUACGAGUCAUCCUGCAGGACGAGGACGUCACCACAAAGAUUGAGUGUGACUGGAAAAGACUCAACAUACUGUCUCACUACCAGGUGCCUGAUAAUGCUGUGGUAGCUCUUGUACCAAAGCAGGUGACUGCAUACAACUCUGUGAACAAUUCCACUGUCUCCAGAACCUCUGCAAGCAAAUACGGUAUGCCUCUGAUGCCUCCUAACUGUGCAUGUACAGUGGCAAGACAAAAAAACAUGAUCAAAUACACGGGCAGCCCAGACAGUCUACGAUCUCGCACCCCAAUGAUCACACCUGACCUGGAGAGCGGAGUUAAGGUGUGGCAUUUGGUGAAGAACCAUGAGCAUGGAGACCAGAAGGAGGGAGAUCGUGGCAGUAAGAUGGUCUCUGAGAUCUACCUGACAAGGCUGUUAGCCACCAAGGGCACUCUACAGAAGUUUGUGGAUGACCUGUUCGAGACCAUCUUCAGCACAGCACACAGAGGGAGUGCCCUCCCUCUCGCUAUCAAGUACAUGUUUGACUUCCUGGAUGAACAAGCAGACAAGCACAACAUUCACGACCCGCACGUCAGACACACUUGGAAGAGCAACUGUCUACCUUUACGGUUCUGGGUGAAUGUUAUCAAGAAUCCACAGUUUGUGUUCGACAUCCAUAAGAGCAGCAUCACGGACGCCUGUCUGUCAGUGGUGGCACAAACCUUCAUGGAUUCAUGCUCAACGUCAGAACACCGCCUGGGCAAAGACUCCCCCUCAAACAAGCUGCUGUACGCCAAGGACAUUCCCAGCUACAAGAGCUGGGUUGAGAGAUAUUACUCAGACAUUAGUAAGAUGCCUGCAAUCAGUGAUCAGGAUAUGAACGCAUACCUGGCAGAGCAGUCCCGCAUGCACAUAAACGAGUUCAACACCAUGAGCUCCCUUAGCGAGAUCUACUCUUAUGUGGGCAAAUAUACAGAGGAGAUUGUGUCUGCGCUGGAGCAGGAUGAAGGUGCCAGGAAACAGAGACUGGCCUAUAAACUGGAGCAGGUGGUCGCCUUCAUGAGCCUGGAGAGCUGAGGACCGCAUUUCCCAGAGUGCACUGGGAGAUCCAUCAGAAACCGAGCCGUGCCUGAGUGAAGACCUGUCCAUCUAUCUCAUCUCUUCUGUUUGCAAUCUUCCCACAAAGACAAGUGUUUGCAUCAUUAGCUCUGCUUCCUAGAAGAGUAGAGAUAGGAACUGGAGGGUGGGCAGAGGAGCCAAGGACUACAUUACCCAUGAUGCAGUAGUGUGGGUUGCCAUCCAGCUCUGCCAUGUAGAGGAAGGUUGGCUCCCUAUGAGUUCUGCUUCACUGCAUCCUCCAUCCUUCUCUCUGACUGGAAAAAGAAAAAAAAAAAAUUUCUGUUGCCUUCAAAGUUUAGCUGAUAAGCAGAAACCACUAUGUUUGGUGUCAAUUUGUUCUGACUUUUAUGACUAGGGUAGUGUAUGGCACUAAUAUAGAGUCCAGUUCAUUGUAGUACCUUUAUUAAACACCGAAACGCAAGACAAAAAAAUGGUACUGCAUGCAUCUGAAGAAUGCAGACCAUUCGGGCCAUUUCAAAAGACACCUUGAAAAUGUGGCAUUUACAUGAUGUGCAAGAUGAUUUUUACAUUAUAACUGAGUGCUUUGAUAAGAAAACAAUCAAACCUGGACAACCUGCCUGCAAAUUCUCACUUUGAAGAGAGUGGGGUGCAUUUAAAUCCCUUGAGACGCAGGGAGUUAGUGUUUCAAUUCUUCCAGGAACCUACUUGACACUGAAACUUAGAGUGUCACUUUAUGGCAUUCGCAUAUCUCUACACUUCACCCCUCUCAGCCUUCAAUUCGGCAUCUAUCUGGCUUGUGCACAUCUCUCAAUUUAAUCUCUAAUGAGUGGAGUUAAAGCCAAGGUUUGACCCCCUUAGAAGCAAGCACACACACACCUCACCCCGCAGUGGUAGUAGAGAGCCAGGCCUCCUCUCUUUCUUCCAUCCUGGUGGCCAGGACUUACGCUGUGCUGGAAGAGGACAAAAAUUCCUGUAAUCUUAACAAAAACAAAAGCACACAUUCAAUAGAUGUCUCUUUUCACACAUACAGUACGGGGGACUUAAAUUACAAAAUAUCCUACUCAGAAUUAGUUGUUAAUGGGUGGGAGUAGAGUUGCUAAAGUGCACAUGUGCAGCCUGCACUGUUCACUGCCACAGGGUCAAUUCGAUAUUACUCUGAACACUCUGGAAGCAGCUGGAAAAAAAAAACACACGCAAAGUUGGUCAGCAGAAAACCAAAGGAGCUUAAUUUAAAAAAGAACACCGAUUGUCUGGUGAAUAAAUUACCCCGACAAACUGAACACAAGUUUGUUAUAUGAUCUGCAACGCUCUAGUGCUCUAAUCUGCAGUCUGAUAUUUGUUUCUCCUCAUUAUUGUGUGUGUGGCACAGAGCCCAAAGUGAGUGUCCUUGUUGGGUUAUUGCACAAUUGGGAGAAUCGAAAAAAAGACACCCGGACCUGAAGUUUAAGGGCUUGCUGUAGUUGAAGUGUACUGGCCUUGAGAGAUCUAACCUGGGCUUAUGAUUUCCAAAUGACAACAGUUGGAGUGACGAGGACUCAAAAGUAAUGGAUGUUACCUUGACAAAUGGAAAGAGACUAUUUAGUUGCCCUCCUUUCCUUUUCCCUCGACAGCGUACCCCACGUGGUGAUGUGAAUGGGUGGAGACCAGCCCAGGUCCACCUUGGGUUCUUUAUUGGCUUUUUCAGCGCAUGUAUUUCAAUUUAAACUUUAAAAAAAAGAAAAAUGGAAAAUAGAAAAAGAAUAAGCCUUGCAAUUGAUGAUGUGGAUGUGUUAUUUUCUUUCUUUUGCUUGGAAGAACAAGACGAAAAGUGGCUGUCAUCUUAAAAAUUGCAACCUUCAUUAAGGUGGAACCUUUAUCCUGUCCUUCCAUUCAACUGCCAUGACCAUGUUUUUGUGAAUGCGUUAGAUGCCUAUAAGACUAAGGUUGAUACUUUUAGCAGAUGUAGUAUAUACCCUUGCAUGCUGACCUAUUUGGAUGAUAUGACAUUAUCUGCCUUGCUAGCAAUUUAUCUAAUACUACUAGGAGUUUCUAAAGCGAACCAAAGUCAUGUUAGACUUUUAACAUUGCUCAUGAGGAACAUCCUCUUUCUGUCAGGUAGAUUGCCUUUUUCGGAGACCCUUGAAGCUAAGAGUUCUCAUUCAUCGAUCACAUUCAGCCAGAUCAUUAGUGCGGACACACUAAAGUUCAAUCCAGCUGCUUAUUCACUAUUUAGGGGUUUUCCCAAAGAAAAUAGUGCAUUUUUGUUGCCUCUAAUGUGCAACACUAAAGAGUUCAUUCCCUUUAAUGAGUUUAUUUGUACUCUGUUUUGCAUUUCUGAAUUUUUCUGUGAAUAUGUUAGUAUUAUACAGUAGGUUUGAAUCAUUUUGAUACAACCUAAUGUUUUCAGGUCGAACCCGAUUUCAUUAGCUUUCAAACAAAUUAUUUUUUUAUGUUGUUUUGGAUAGUAUGUAUGUGUGAUUGCUUUGGGGUCCCUUGUGUUAUUUCUCAGCAUAGCUUAGUGUUUACGGGGUAUUUCAGGUACACAGAUAAUGAUUUUAAUGCGACAAAUAAUAAAAUACCACUGUCACAAUUUUUAGGUAUUAUGUUUUGGAUAAAUAUUUAUAAAAAUAACUGAAUUACAACCCAUAAAUCUGGGAACUCAUUUAAAUCUAAAGAGAUCUUAAACUUAUGAUAAUGUGAUAAAAAAAAUGAUGAGUUGUAUGAGUUGAUAUUUCAAUGAAGUAAAUUUUUCUGAAUUCCCUUAUGACUCUAAUCCUGUGUUUACGUUCCUUGUUUCAUCUCUCAUGUACAUCCCCAGUCCCCUCCCUUAUGUCCAAAUGACCUGAUAAAGUUUCCACCUUAGACAUUUCGUAAAAACUAAAAAGUCCUUUUAGCUCAGUGUUAUGAAGACCUGUUAGAAAAGACUUUAAUAUUUCCAGAUUUGAUGCAAGAAAAAGUUAUCCUGAUGGGAGGAGAGAAAGCGAGAGACCAGCAGAAAGGCAAGCUUCUCUAACUUUGUUAUAAUUAAUUGUAUACCUGUGUAUGUAAAUAUAAUGCAUUCCUAUUUUGCAGUCAAGAACAAAA